AUGAAGAGGGUGCACGCCACAAGAGCAUGCGAUCCAUGCAUUCGGCGCAAGAUUCGCUGCAUCUCGGAAAACGCAGGCGAGAUCUGCAAGAACUGCGAGCGGCUAAAGAAGACGUGUACUUGGACGAAAGAGCGACGACCUCGAGGACCCAGUCGUCGCUCGGACGUCAACCACGAUGGAUCCCAGUCCAACAGCAGCCCCGAGGCCGCGCGUCAUGAACUCGAGCGGGCCAACGGUCACCAUGUGCCCGCUGGUGCACCCAUGCCGGGCGAUGUGACGCGCGAGCCACUUGGGGCCGCAGCUGGCAUUGGACUGCAGCCCCAGCCGUCCUUGUCGUCCACGACCACCACGCCGUUUGACCGUAUCAGUGCCAGCGCAAUGAGUCUCCCGCCGCCCGCGGUAGAGCCGCUCCAGCCAGGGCUUGGCGACCCCCCGAUCGACUUGCUCAAUGUGGACAGUAUGUGGCCGGAACUUGCUUCCGGCCAAGCUGUCACUUCCUACAUGGAAGCCUCGGACUGGAUGUUUGUGCAAGCGCUUGGGCCCAACUUUCGCUAUUCAAACGGCUUUGGCCUCAGCGAUGACGCUAUGCUUGCGGGCCAAGCUCCCCAAACCGUCUCAUCGGUGGAUUCGACCGCCUUUCCCGUCGAUGACGUUGCACUCCUCGGUUACAUUGAAUCCUACUUUGGUGCAAACCAUUGCAUCCUCCCUAUCGUCGAGCGGCACGAUGUGCUCUCACGCCUGGCCAAGAAUGAGCACUACACGGACCAGCGCUUCAUGGCCCUUGUAUACUCGAUGGUGGUCGUUAGCGAGAUGAUCGAGGACGUUGCGUGGCCCCCCAACCGACGGGUGCGGGCAAACGUCGUGCGCGACUACAUCGCCAUUGCUCAGCAGAACUUUAUCCAUCCAGCUGCUAGUGGCGACUUUAGGAUCGAGGACAUUGCCACCUGUCUCAACCUGAAUUUUGUUUGGGUCGGCAUGGCUGACAAGCCCUCGGCUUGGUUCUGGCUCCAGCAAGCCCUAUCGAUUGCCCAGGCGCUCAUGAUCGAUGACUGGGACCCGGACCUUACCCAUCCCGAGUCGCUACAACGCCUCAAAUCUUACUAUGUUCUCCCUCCCGCCAGACGCGCUCGACGACUUUCCUCUCCUCCACAUGAAGCUGUUCAGCAUCAUCACCCCGGAGAUUGUUGCCUGUUGGCGUGGUCGCUGCGCAAACAAGAGGAGACUGUGUACGCGCUGGUCGGCAGAGUCGGCCCCAUGGCACUCCCCAAGACGGCCGAGUAUGUCAAGCUCACCAUUACCGCGGUGUGGAUUCAGGACCGCCUUUGGAACCUUCACCGCACCCACGGUCUCGUCAAGCACGACCACCACUACCCGGAACUCUCGCUCGACCUCGUGAUCGUCAACCUUAUCCGCUGCAGCGACUACUGCGCCACCGUCGCCAACAAGGAAAACUUUACGGCGUUUGACCUUUGCAUCAAGAUUGCCGACCUCGUCAUGACGGCCAUUACGAUCAUGGGCAGCAAAGAGCCGUGGAUCCAAGGCAGCGACCGCGAGAUGCUCAGCAUUACGUUCCGGCCUCUUAUCGAUCGGUUCAUUGGCCUGUUGAUGUCGAUCAAGCACGAGGACCUCGCCAUGGAGCUGGUGCGCUCUCUGCAGGCCGUGCAGGCGGAGAUGUGA